CUCCGGGCCGCGCUCGCCCGCAGCCCCGCCGCCGCCUCCGCGCGCGCCCCGACCGCCUUCCUCCCGCUCCCUCCUCGUGCCCGCCGCCUCAAUCCGGCCGUCCUCGCCUCCGGGAGGGGGAGGCGGAUCCGCGCGGAGGCGACGGCGAGGACGCGGCAGGAGAAGGAGCAGCAGGAAGCCGAGGUGUCCGCCGUCGAGGACUCCUUCGCCGUCAGGGAGGCGGCCGCCGCUCCUCCUCCGGAGGAGGAAGGGGGAUUCGACGAAGAGCUGACCCUCGCAGGCGAGGACGGCGACUGGGUCGUCAGGUUCGAGCAGUCCUUCAACGUAUUCCUCACGGAUACUGUCAUCUUUAUACUGGAUAUUCUGUACCGCGACCGCGACUACGCCAGGUUCUUCGUGCUCGAGACCAUCGCCAGGGUGCCGUAUUUCGCGUUUAUAUCGGUGCUUCACUUGUAUGAGACCUUUGGGUGGUCGAGAAGAGCUGACAACAUCAAAGUGCACUUUGCUGAAAGCAUGAAUGAGUUCCAUCACCUCUUAAUCAUGGAAGCAUUGGGUGGCAACUCUGUAUGGCUUGAUCGCUUUCUUGCGCGGUUUAGUGCCUUUUUUUACUACUUUGUCACUGUUGGCAUGUACAUGCUGAGCCCAAGAAUGGCAUACCACUUUUCUGAAUGUGUUGAGAGGCAUGCAUACUCAACUUAUGACAAGUUCCUGAAGCUCAAUGGAGAGGAGUUGAAAAAACUACCAGCUCCAGAGGUGGCUGUAAACUAUUACAUGAAUGAGGAUCUCUACAUGUUUGAUGAGUUUCAAACGUCAAGAGCUCCAAAUUCUAGGAGGCCUAAAGUUGAUAACUUGUAUGAUGUAUUCGUGAAUGUACGGGACGAUGAGGCGGAGCAUUGCAAGACAAUGAAGGCCUGUCAAACGCAUGAAACCCUCCGUUCUCCUCAUGCCGUGCAGAGCUCAAUAGAAGCUGAUGCAGAAUGAUUCUGUCAAGAAGUCCCUUGGAAAUGAAGACUGACCGGUUGUACGUACCUCCGUGCUAGAGCAUCGUAGAGUAUCAUACUAAAUUUUGGUGAUAUAUUGUAUUCCAUCCUUUUUCUCCCUUCUCUUCGUAUGUAGACAUUAGCCAGACUUUCGUACUUGUGAAUCUUACAUAGAGAAUAUAGGUUUAUAAAUGCAUCACAGAUUUACAACGAGAGAUGUGCACCGUUGGUCAGGCAUUACCGCGGGCCAUGAACGGUGUAAUCCAGCUGUGUUGUGGUCUGUGUAACAUCAAGGGUUUUGAUGCUUGUUGAAGGAAAAGUCUUGAUGUUUUGCUGAUUCA